UGUAGCAUCUAGCGCGUAGGUAUAUUAUUGUGUGGCCCGAAUCUUUCUUUCUGCUGGCGGAAUCAACUCUACUUCCCUCAAGGAAAAUGGCAGACGUCAAAGAGAAAACUAGCGCGGACAUCAGCGAAGAAGAACUCAAAACAGAAAUCGAAAAAAUCUUAAAAGAUGCAGAUCUCGCGACCACUUACACUAAGAGCGUCAUCCAAAAACUUGAGAAGAACCUUGGGAUUGAGUUGAAGGACAAGAAGAAGAUGAUUGACCAAAUGGUCAUGGAUUAUGUGAACAGCCAGGAUUCCGACAACAGUGCCGAAGAGUCUGGCGGUGACUCUGAAGAUAGCGAUGAGCCAAGACCUAAACGGAAGCAGCAGCGGGCUACACGAAGCGGCAGUGGCAAGAGUAACGUGGAUAAUGAUGAGGAAGAAGAAGAACGCCCGAAGAAGAGGAAGAAGAAGGGUUCAGAUGAUAAUUGGGGCAGCAGUGGAAAGAAAGCCGCUCCUAAAACUAAAGCCAAGAAGGCGGCAGGUGGUCGCGGUAAAAGUAGCGGCUACACUCGCGCCUACAAGCUCUCUCCGGCUCUAUCAGAACUGAUGGGCAAAGAUGAGAUGCCAAGACAUGAGGUGGUGAAGCGCGUGUGGGAAAUCAUAAAAGAGAAGCAACUCUACGACCCUAACAACAAACAGUUUGCUAUCUGCGACGACGCUCUGCUCAAAGUGUUUGGCACGAAACGGUUCCGCACAUUUGGCAUGAUGAAAUAUCUCAAAACACACUUCCUGGAUGAAUAAGGUAUUGUUGUAUGCAAGCUAAACAUCGCCUUAUUACAAAACGCAGACUCACACUCGUUUCUGAAAUGAUCACUCGACACUUCUCUACUCGACUGCCGAGUCGAUGUUUAAGGGUGGCAUUACUGAAGUAAUAUCAGCUGAGACUACCCUCAAGAUCAUGCUCCAGUCCCUGUUUUGUCACAUUGACAUGAUCUUGAGGGCAGUCUCGAAGCUGAGAUUAGUUCAUUAAUACCAUCCUAAGCGUGUUGCUAAUGUUGCUAUUGCCAUAAAUAUUGUGUUACUAUAAGAAAUAGAUUUUUCCUAAAACGUUUGUGGCUUUGAAGACCCAAGCAUUUCUCUUAUGGUACAUCCACAUCGGAGUUACUUUUUAGGAACAUUUCCAAAUGCCAAAAUGCAGCAUCACAAGACAAACAACCAUAUUCUAAGUUGUUUACUUGACUCUACCUCAGCAUUUUCAUAUUUUCAGUUAACAUUUACGUUUCGACUUGAGGACUAUACUCACUGGAGUCGACCAUUAUCAUAUUGCCAACAUAAUAAUACGAAAUUAAUGACGUCAUGCCUUACUGGAGUAAACUCGAUUUAAGGUUGAGGCGCCGUGUUAGAAUACCGAUUUUGAGUUGAGUUCGAGGAAGACCUGGAGGUCGCCUCAACUGAGGACAGAGUCGACGAAGGUUUGAGUGAACAUCUUCGAAUAUGGACGUAUAGAUAUACUAGGUUUAAAAUAUUUCGCGCCACGAAAGAAAUCUAAAGAUUUUUAGUAAUAUAAUUUUGUAAUAACGAUUCUAUGCAAUUUGCGACAGUAGGACCGCGGCCGCGAGACUUCUUUCGUGACGCGGGCUAUAUUUUUAACCUAGUUUAUCUUUUAGUCGUUUUAUUAUAACCUUGUUAAGGUUUAACUGGCAUUUCUUUGUAAGUUUAACUUCUAUCACACCCCAGACACUCCAUAAAAGUCUCAUUCUAACGCGUAUGUGCGAACGAGACACAGUCCGCGUGCUCUCUCUCUUCUUAACCAUUUAAAACUAAAAGUAAGACCCAGAGCGGAUGGGACACGCGUAUAAUCUGCGUGGAACGAAUUUUGUCAAUAGGCGCCAUAUUGCUUAAUGAUGUAUGACAAUUGUGCUGGCCUGUGACUGGUUAGCGGUGACGGCCAUCUUUAUCGGUAGACCUGUCAAAAAUGUUUAAACAUUUUACAUUGCAAAGUAAUAUGUGAUCGAGUGAAGUGUAUUUUAUUUAUGCUUAUCCUCUCCACUUCUAUCUUGUAAUACAAAGCCCAGUGAAUCUUUUCGCACGCCUUUUCUUUCGUAGGAAAUGUAUCAUGAGUACUGUGUUUGCAAAAGUUCACGACGCUGUUUUACGUCAUUUUAAAUGCAUAGAGAAAAGACUCAAUAAGUGGUUGAAGUGUCUCGAAAACCAAGUUCAUUUAAAAGAUACACCAAGAAGUGCACUAAAGAGCACGGAUUUAUCCCAUCUAAAUAAGAGUUUGCCUCCGACCCGAUACUUGCAGCGCGCGUAAACUCACUCAAAAAAUUGUAAAAAAAUAAUUAAAUAAAUCAUUUCAUAAAAUACUCUCUCACAUUUUUUUGACCUUACGAAAAAAGGCCCAUCUUAAAAAGAGGUCAUUAGGUCUUGUUUCCGGGUUCGGUAUUAUUUUCUACAGAUUUCACGUUUAUCUGGGACUUUGAAAUAGGUACUUACUUGUUUCAAAUCAGUAGAAAAUCAAAAUCCCGUAUCAAAAUUCUAUCUUAUGAACAUCCUGUUCAUGUACAUUAGGCCGCCUGACGCGUAGUCCUUUGCCAAAUGAAAUUCGAUUAUUGAAAAAAAAACCACUGUCAUGAAUCAUUAGAACCAAUCAAACCCGUAGAAUGACAAGCGCGAUACGACAGAAUCGUCAUCUACAAAAAACCGAAGUUAAACUUGCGAAGAGACUGUCCUAAAGGUAAUUUGUACUUGUGGUAGAGAUCGUGUUAUUUUUUAAAUGAAACAUAACUUAGGGUUGAACCUACCGCAUUGCACUUUCAUAUGCUUCUAUCCUAUUCUGUCACUCAGAACAGUCAUUUGCUAGACCGAGAUAAUGCGACCGUCCGCGGCCGAAUCGACGACGCAUGGUUCAACCCUUUGUGAAGUUCUAGCCCUAGCUGAUAAGGGCAUUGGAGCUGCAUAUCGUCGCCUUAUAUUGAAUCAAGUAAGCGCUUUUUUGAAAAAUCACGUUCGAAUGUAAUUUUUGUUAAAGAACCACGCAAUAGAUACGCUAGUUUCAAUUCAACUAAAAAAAACUGUUCUUAUUUUUACCCGGAAUGCAAUUAAUUGAAAGAAAUCCAGGUAUUGUUGAAGAAAAUCACAUUCUGAUGUGAUUUCGUGGUUUUCUCUAUCAUCAUAACAAAUUUAAGAGCCAAGCUCUUGUCGGUGUAGCAUUCUCCAUGCUAGUUUUUAGGGAAAAAUAGGGCAGUGGUUUUCCUCUUGCCUUCCGCCCCGCAGUACUCUGUCUGACGCGAGUGGGAUGGCGCCCAGAGUAGUCUAUUUCAAAGCCGUACUAAGACAGUACUAUGAAUAGUACUAUCACUGCUGCCCUCUGUCAGGUUUUCACUAUAAAACAACGAUAUGCAGUUCAACUGCACAUUGAUUUCUAUACAACUGUAAAAGUAGAUGAUCGACAGUUGCUCAAGGUAUUUAAAACAGCUGGUUUUACAUACCGCAGCCUUGUUUAUUGUAUUUAAGACUCUCGAAACGGCAUUUUAUGAUAUAUAUUCUCUUUCAUAAGUACAACAACCUAAAAUUAAGGAAUCCAUGAAAAGAAAUUUCAGUAAUUUGUAAAGUAAAAACGUAGUACGGCAAUAAAAUAUAUUAGAUAUUAUCCUACAUCUUCCCAACGUGUCUUAAAAUGUGAUCUACGCUUCGUAAAAUUGUCGCAUCUCUUUCUAAAGUAAAAAAAUAAUAUAAGUAUAACUUUGAAAUUUUUAUCGGCUUUAGAAUGUUUUUAAACGAAUGAUAAACACUGUUAAUUUUGACGUCCCAAUAGUAAAAUGCUCCAUUCGCAUAAGCAUGUCAGUAUUGGCACUAAUCAAUUAUUUUUUAAUCAACUAAACAUAUAUACAUAAACUCACGCCUAUUUCCCACCGGGGUAAGCAGAGACUAAGGAAUUAUAUUUGCUUUGAUCCUGACACACUUCUCUUGCUUCCCCCACAUUCAACAAUCUAUACACGCACGUGUUAUUUUUUAAUCAACUAAUGAAUUUAAUAAAUUUUAAUCAUAGCUAAUUAUUCAACGUCAAGAGGAGUUUUACCGAAUGAGACAUUAUGCGUUUAAACCAUUCCGACUUGCGUAUAGGAAAUGACGCUACUUUGACCUAGCGUAGUUACAUCCUAUUUAAUUUUAUUCAAAAAAAUAUUAAUCCUGAAGAUUUUGGCUAAAUCAAACUUUGUGGCACAGAAUUUUUGCAAAUAAGUGGCUUAUAAAUUAGAUACUCGUCAAAUUCGUAAUUCUUAUAAUUGUUUGUAAUUAAAAAUACUUUGAUUAAUGCCGUAAAUAAAUUUGUAAGCAUGUAACUUUGAAAUUUCAAUAUUGCUGUGAUAUCUUUUAAUGGAUUAAAAUUAAUAAUUAUGCAGUAGAUUUUAUUCGUUAGACGAAAAUUGAGGAUGGAGCCUUAAGCCAAACUUUGAUAACAGGGUAGUUUCCAACUAGUCAAAUCAAUUACUUUUUACUAAACGUCAAAACACGAAAUUACCAUGGAAUUUGUAUGAAAAAGCAACAUGUGACGCCAUAGACAAACGUGACAAUAUGUCGCAUUUAUUAUUCCAUUUUACUUUAUAUAUAAUAAUAAUAAUAAGUUAAAUAGAAAACGUUUUUUUGUCACCUUUAGAUCUGUCUUUAUUUAAUAAUCAGAAUUUGAUAAUUUAUCUUUGACCUAGGAAACUACCCAAUAGCCAACUGGGUUGGCUACACAGAUAACCCCCAAUAGAAAACACCCAUAGCAAGAGUUUUGGUUUUGUAAUACUAUCCAUUAGUAUCUAUUAGACUUCUAAUGUCAUUUGUUACUACUGUUAUCUUAAGACUUCCAAAUUAAAUAGGUAAUAAUAUAAUGUUAUGUAUUCGGUUAUCCGUAAUUCAAUUUCUGGUAGAAAAUCGCUCGUGUUAUAUCUCAGAUAUUAGUUUUAGACCACAUUUAUGGAAAUGACACCAGGGUUGAUGAGGUUGAUAUUCCACCUCACAACCCACACGAUAAGAAGAUGGAAAAGACGAGAGCAUUGUGAGGUGCUGUCUGUAUAUCUCAAACCUGGAUUCAAAUUGUCGAGGUUAUGUUGAAGAAAAACAUCCGUCAAGCCAUUCUUUUGAAAUAAUCGUCUCCGUCGAGGCCUAAAACUGAUAUCUAGGAUGCUACAGCUUCCUUUAGGUAUUCGCUAUAAGGCAGCAAAACACUAGAAUAUCUAGGAAUAUUCUUUUAUUAAUUUUGAAUUAUUAUAGAGUAUUUUAACACUUUCAAGGACAGAACAUUAACUGUACUGUUAACCUUUAUGGUUUUUUAAACUAUCGAUAGUAUCGAUAAUUUUCGAUGUCAAGAAUCGAUAGUCAAACUAUCGAUAAAUAGUAGUUUACAAGCGAUUUCCCGAUUCAAGUGUAUUACCCGUAUUCUAAGAUGUUCACUCGACUCUUCCUCCACUCAACUUUUCUUCCACUCGACUUUUCCUCCACUCGACUUUUCCUCCACUCGACUCUUCCCCCACACGACUCUGCCUCAGCUGACAGUUCAAGACAUUCACGCAAAGAGUCCUCGACUUGAGGAUUUUCCUCACUGGAGUCGAGCAUAUCAUAUUGCCAACAAAAUAACACGAAAUUAAUGACGUCAAGCCUCACUGGAGUAUACUCGAGUUAAGGUUGACGCGCCGUCUUAAAGUACCGAUAUUGAGCUGAUUUCGAGUAAGUACUUGAGGUCGCCACGACUGGGGACGGAGUCGGAGAAGGUUGGAGUUAAUAUAAAUCUUAGAAUACGGGUGUUAGUCAUACUAUUUUAUUAUAAAUUAAAGGUCAGUGACCGGUGGCCAAUGUCCGUGAAAGUGUAACCAUCAAAUCAUGAUUAUUAUCAGAUUAAAUGCUUUUUAUCGUUUCUAUAACAUCAAGUAGUUUUUAUUGAACUAACAUGUACCUAUAGAUAUUGAUUGCAUUUAGAUGCGCUUGUCUAGCAACCGUAGUAUGGCGGAGGCAUUUAGGAGCCAAAAAUUGGCAGCAUGAAUACGCUGCAGCUAAUAGUCGACCCCCGCAAUAUUUAUCGUAUCACCCCUGCCAUACUACGGCUUCUGAUUAGUUGCAAGAGUUUAAUAGCAAAAGCUAGCCCAUCUUUGUCAAAAAAAUACCUUAGAAAUCGAAAUUUCGAUGGCAUUUUUUUAAUAUCAAAAAUUAUUUUUGCUGUAUAAAACUUGCAUCGCAUUUAUAUCUAUUUUUUUUAUUUAAGUGUGUUGCUAUUGGUAUAAAGAUAGUUUUACUAUAAGAAAUAGAUUUUUCCUAAAAAAAGUUUGUGGCCUUGAAGACCCAAGCAUUUCUCUUAUGGUGCAUCCACAUCGGAAUUACUGUUUAGCGACAUUUCAUAUAUACAUUUCCAAAUGUUAAAAUACACAUCACAAGACACACACAAAAUAUUCUAACAUGUUCCCUCGACUCUUCCUCCACUCGAGUCGGCCUGCAUUAAGUUGACAUUUACGUUCUCGACUCGAGGACUUUCUGGAGUCGAGCAUUAUCAUACUGCCGAUAAAAUAAUACGAAAUUAAUAACGUCAUGCCUUACGGGAUUUAAACUCUAUCUAAGAUUGUUAGUGGGCUCUGUUUGACUCUAAGAUGGCCCAGUAUGCGUGUUAUUGUUGACUACGUAAGGCAACCUAACUCCUUCCAGAAGCUCAGAAGCCUCCUGGGGUUUUCACAGGCUUCGCGGAGCGAUCCCAUUCCUUCGAGGAUUUCCCCAUUCCUAGCUAGGGUUGGUGCGCGGUCAAAGAAUACUGAUGUUGAAUACAAUAUUGCUGUUUGACAGCUGUUUGCAUUGCGCACUUACUUUUGUAUUGCAAAUGUCAAAUUGCAAUAUUGCUGUCUGAGAUGAAUUGCUUCGAUGUGGCCAUUUUAACCCCCCUGGAGCUCGCCUCAACUGAGGACAGAGUCAAGGAAGGUUCGAGUGAACAUCUUAGAAUACGGGUGAAAAGUUACUGAUUCUUAAUAGAUGUUUCCAUGUUAAGCUACAGAACGUUAUCUUGUUUCGCAAAGUUACAAGGAUUAAUACCAGUGGAAGCACCUUUAGUAAAUAAGUGAAAGCCUAAACAGAAAUAUGAUAAUCGCGUAAGAAUUGUAAAAUUUGACUCGAAAGAGGAUAUUUUUGGAUUUUUAAAUGUGUAUGAAGAAGUCUAGUCUCAAAUAGCGGUAAGCGAUAGUCUAAUAUCUCUGGUUAGGCCGAGUAAAAUUAAUUUACGUAUUAAUAUGUAGUCUCAGAUAAAUUAUAGACGGGAGUUGCUUUAUGUACGUACAUACGUAAAGAACGGCAACUUUCCGCUGCCCACCAGCGGUUGAGCUAGGUUUACCUCACCCCCCUCGAACACAGUUUAGACUUGAAUCGUAUGGCGCCAGACGGUAACGUAUGAUAUCGUCUAUGUGUGGUGUCUGUGUAAAACGAGGUUGGUACCUUACAAAUCUACUCAAUGCCGCACACGCAAGAAAAAAAUUCACCGUCUAUACUUAUAUAGAAACAAAACUGUCACACAAAUAACAAAACACGAACCAAUCGUUCAUGUAUUUCGUCAGCGAGUUGCGCGUGCGCUUGGGAACUCCCGUGUACAAUAUCUCUGAGUAUGUAGUACAUCAAUUAUGUACAAAACUGGAAUGGUUGCUUUUUUGAAUGGGACGGAAAAUGUAUAACUUUAUCGGUAAAUGCUUAUUUUACCAAAAUGGAUGAACGUUACGUCACAAAAUGACCAAAACGAAUAAAUAACUGUUAAUAAAAUGUUGAUUAUUCUUCUAUUUCGCGUUUUGGUGAUUUUGUUACACAAAUGAAGAUUGUAAAUGUAUUCUAAGGAUAGAUUUUAAGAAUCUGACCUAUAAAAUGUGCGAAAAUAAAUACAUGUUAAAGUGGAA